GCGCUAAGGUCGUGGUGUGUUACGUGUGUUGUUUUGAAGUGUGAUACACAAACACAGACACACACACGCACACAACAUGUCCUGAUGGAGCACAUCCCAACACGUCUGAGGUUCGCCAACAAAUUGGAAAAUGUGAAACUGCGGAAGAGAAAAUCUCAGCUGUACUUGAAGGAAGAAGAAAGUCCACUGAACGAUGGUGAGCUUAGAGCCAAAGUUAUUGGCUUCUGUGUAGCGUUCAGGCUCAUCAACUGCUUCCUGGUUCAGACCAGCUUCGUCCCUGAUGAGUACUGGCAGUCUCUGGAGGUUUCCCAUCGUAUGGUCUUCAAUUAUGGGUAUCUGACGUGGGAGUGGAAGGAAGGAAUAAGAGGAUUCUCCUAUCCACUGGUCUUUGCUUUCAUAUACAAGAUAUUACACUUCUUUAACCUCGACUCAGUCCACCUCCUGAAAUGGCUCCCCCGAAUAUUCCAUGCGCUCCUGGCGGCGUUUGCUGACGUAAAAUUCUUCUUCCUCGUCCGAACGCUGGAAAGUCGGGACGUUGCAAAAUGGAUGUUCUUCUGCCAGCUGUGCUCGUGGUUCACGUGGUUCUGCUGCACCAGGACUCUGAGCAACAGCAUGGAGACCACCCUCACCUGUCUGGCUCUGUUUUACUUCCCUCUGCCCGGGUCCAAAACACACAGCAGCAAAAAAUAUUUGACCCUAGUUGCCUUGGCCGUCAUUUUUCGUCCCACGGUUCUGAUCGUCUGGUUUCCGCUGCUGAUUUACCAUUUCUGGCAGGAAAAGAACAAACUGAGACUCAUAACCCAUGACUUCAUUCCCAUUGGGGCCUUGGCUGUGGUGAUUUCAACAGUGAUUGACUGUGUGUUCUAUGAAAAGUUGACCAUGGUGCAGUUCAACUUCCUGAAGUUUAACAUCUUUCACGGUGUGGCUGAUUUCUACGGCUCUCAUCCCUGGCACUGGUACUUCACUCAGGGCUUUGCCGUGGUCAUCGGCCCUCAUCUUCCCCUCUUUCUUCACGGCUGCACUCUCGCCUUCAGAAGAUACAAAAUCCUGUUGGCAGCAGUCGUGUGGACCGUUGUGGUUUACAGUUUGCUUCCUCACAAGGAGUUCAGAUUCAUCUAUCCUGUGCUGCCUUUCUGUAUGAUCUUCUGUGGGAUGUCUUUGGCUCAUUUGAAAUCAUGGCGUCGAGCUGCAGCGUUCACCUUGUUCGUGUCCAACCUAGUUCCAGCUCUCUACACCGGCCUGAUCCACCAAAGAGGAACUCUGGAUGUCAUGAGCCACCUCCAGACUCUUUGUGAUGCCGACGGUGUGUCGUCGCCUCCGCAGCCGGACGUCCUCUUCCUCAUGCCCUGUCACUCAACACCCUACUACAGCCACGUCCACUGCCCCAUAAACAUGAGGUUUCUCGAGUGUCCUCCGGAUCUCGGAGAGGACGGUUGCGUCGAUGAAGCAGACGGUUUCUACGACAACCCUCUUCACUGGCUCAAAACGUCGUUUCCAUAUAAAUCCUCUGUGCCCACCCACCUGGUUUUCUUUGAUGUAUUGGAAAAGGAAAUCUCAGUGUUUUUAAAAGGAAACAACUUUUUGAGGACGACAGAAAUAUUCCACACUCACUUUCCUGAGGGAAGAGUUGGAGGAAGCAUCUUUAUUUAUGAAAGGCACUGAACAAAACUGCAACAACGGAAAUUCCUCUCAGAGAAUAUUGUAUUGAUUUGAUACUGAAAUAAAUAUUUUUGACUCA